GGGCCCGGAGACCCUCUGCGCCCAGCCGUGAAGGCCCCUGAAGCCACCGCCCCAGAGCGCCACAACCGGACUUCCGAGCAGCCUGGUGUUCCCUCUCCCGCCGCCGAGUCUCCUGCGGUGCAGCCCCCGCCCCAACCCGGGCCCAUGGAGCCGGCGGUACUGGCCUCGCACAACCUCCCGCAGCACGAGCCAAUCAGCUUCGGCAUCGACCAGAUCCUGAGCUGCCCCGAGCCCCCCGGGAGCAGCCUGGGCCCGGGGCGCGCCGGCCAGGGCCAUGGGGAGAACGCGGCGUUCCCGGGCGCAUUUCCCGGAGCCUCGAGUUACGGCCCUGCGGGCUCCCUGACUCCGCUGCCCGGCAGCUCCGGGGUGGGUGCGGGCGGCGUGAUCCGCGUCCCCGCGCACCGCCCGCUCCCCGUGCCGCCGCCCGCGGGAGGCGCGCCCGCCGUGCCAGGACCCUCGGGCUUGGGCGGCGCCGGGGGCCUGGGACUCACCUUCCCCUGGAUGGACAGCGGCCGCCGUUUUGCCAAGGACCGGCUCACGGCCGCACUGUCGCCCUUCUCCGGGACGCGCCGCAUCGGCCACCCCUACCAAAACCGCACGCCCCCGAAGCGGAAGAAGCCGCGCACGUCCUUCUCCCGCUCGCAGGUGCUGGAGCUGGAGCGGCGCUUCCUGCGCCAGAAGUACCUGGCCUCAGCUGAGAGGGCGGCGCUGGCCAAGGCCCUGCGCAUGACGGACGCGCAGGUCAAGACCUGGUUCCAGAACCGGCGCACCAAGUGGCGGCGCCAGACGGCGGAGGAGCGCGAGGCGGAGCGGCACCGUGCGGGCCGCCUGCUCCUGCACCUGCAGCAGGACUCGCUGCCCCGGCCCCUGCGGCCGCCGCUGCCCCCGGACCCGCUCUGCCUGCACAACUCGUCGCUCUUCGCGUUGCAGAACCUGCAGCCCUGGGCCGAGGACAACAAGGUGGCGUCCGUAUCCGGCCUCGCCUCCGUGGUAUGAGCGUGGCCCGCCCGACCCGCCGAGGCUCAUUUCCGUGCCGGGGAUAUGGCAGGGCGCGGGAGCCCGGGCCGGAGCAGAAGCAGGAGCGGAGCGCACGAGGAGCCGCACAUCCCAAGGCCCGCGAGCCGCAGGGCUUCUCCGCCUGUGUGGAGCCGUCGCCUCUGCGCGCCCAGAUGCUGCCUUUCCCGCCACUUUUCACUGUAAAGACUGUUCAGAGCAGCUGCACCCAGGUGUCCAGCGGGCGGGACUUGCAGUGCGGCAGCCAGUGAGGGGUGGGGAGGGGUGGGGGAAGGGCGGACCAGCCAUGGAGGCUUCCUGGAGGCUGGGAUCCCGCCCUGGGGUGUGUGCAGCAGGCCCCGGGCCAGAGCAGUGGAAAGGCAAUGAGGGGAAGGCGCGGAGAGUUU